GUCCACGACGCGUGUAGGCCCCGUCGAAAUGCCGCGUUUUGCUAAAUACCUCUUUAUUAUACAGUGAGACAGCGACGAUGUACUUGGCGUGCCUAAUAGUAUGGAGCCGCGGUCCUCACUCAAGCCGAGACCGAGUAGGCGGGACGCUAAUUAGGGGAGCUUGCACGAGUCGUUCGCGUCUAACGCGGCGCUGCAGAAGACCCGUACGCGACCAACGUUUUCUCGCGUGUCCUCGCGUAGCUCUUGUGCUAAGCUUGUCAUAGCCGGGCUUCCGCGACUCGAAAAAGUGUCACCCUCGAAACGAAAACAAGCCCCCUCAAUAACAGCGCCGAACGAAAAUAGAGGCGUGCGUAUACGUGCGUGCGUGUAGGGGGAGUUGGGAAGAUGCGGACACAAGAAACGUACGUGCCACUUUUGUUCCGCUAUAUAUGCCUCAGUAUGAGUCUUCGCGAAUUGCCCCGUUUGUGGACAAAGUGCGCGCGCUAAGCAGCGGGUGAUCCGCUUAAUUGUUCGACAGUCCGCUGGAAGCGGACAGAGUCAGAGUCGAGCGGUAUCGCCCACUGAGCUUGUGAGUGCGAGGUGUGUUGCGCUGUAUCUUCGUUUGCGCUACAUUUCAAUUACGUUUUAUCGUUUUUGUCUUUUCGAUGCUCAUCCCGAUGCGUCGCUUGUAGCGAGAAGUUGGAUGACCCGUAAGUGCGUUUGGUCGCAAGUGGGCAGGAAUGAGUUCAUCGUUUUCUUCUUGUAGAAAGUCACGACGCGAUGCGUUAUUUGUCGCGCGAAUUUGACAUCCGUUUCGUGCGUCUGCUGGCAACUGUAGACCAAUGGAUGUAAUUAAUUUUUGUUUCAUGAUUUGCGCGCAUUCGCGUUUCUGUAUUUUCCGUUUUUUUUUUUCGUGUUACCGCAUUUCCGUGGCUCUUGCGCACGCGUGUUCGGGGCGCUUGCGUUUGGAAUGCGCGUGGCGCUGUAACGAAGGACGUCCUUUUGUACUUCCGCAAGAACAUCUGCGUAGGCGUCAGCUACUCGGGGGCAGCGGGGUCAGUGCCCCCGGCGAAUUUCUAGGCAGGGACGACGCCAAAUUUGGUAGGCGCGUAGGGCACAGCUAUAUGUAGCAAAAGUCGACACAACGCAUCUCACAGUGACUGUCGGUGGUAAGGCGUUUAAGCGUUGAGUCAAUAUAGCGACACAAGGUAUUGACACCGUCGAAACGAAUUACGUAUGAGGCGUGUACUGCAGCGGAACUACUCUGUAGCGCUUCUCUAAGAACACUCAGCACUAUCUAGUGGAGCCGCCGCGAAGCCUGCGUGUGGCCUCCGAGCACCGGUGCUUGCAAACGCUGAGAGUUGUUUGCUCGUUUCCUGCGCAUGCUCAGAGUGGCACAUGCUCAGCGACCCAAGUUGGCGAGGUGUUCGUGUCCAUCUGUACCAACUAAAAUUAACUGGGCCGGCGCAGAUGCCCGCCAAAAGACGUGACGUCACGAAUAGCUGCUGCGAGAAAUUCGAGGGAACGUCACCACCCAUCCAUAGUUUUUGCGUAUUUUUGUUUCAAGCUUACCAAGCAUCUUCUCACCGUAAGAAUGUUUUGUUUUUGGUGUCGUGGAAUGGUAACUUACUAAGCCAUCUCAACUAAUUUCUCUCUGUAGUGUUCCUUUAAGGCUCUUUUUUGAGUGACCCUCUACAUUUCUCGACGUUGCGGUAGUUGCGGGGUAGCAAUUUUGUUUAACGUGCGACUGGGAGGUGCUAGCUACGUGGGCGAGUGGACGCGAUGACUGUACUCCCACGGUUGUUUUGGCGGCGCUGGCGGCGGCGAGACCUUGAAGGCCCUUCGCGGACAGGCGACUCCGUAGCCGAAGUGCUUGCGCUGACCUCAGUGUAUUUACUCGUUGGGGUUGCUCUGAGACAACGCUUCUAUAACCACGGCUGCAACUCGAAGCUGCCCAUGACGCCCGACAAGUCAUACAAGUGUCGGAGGCCCACCCUGAAGAGAGGCGAGAGCAGCUCGGCCGAGUGGCGCAGCUUCGACCACGGCCGCCCGGAGUCGGACGAGGAGAACGAACACGACGGUGACCCGAUCGUCGAGGAGGGCCCAGAACAGACCGACCCAGGGGUCCAAGAUUCGGACGGUGGCUUCUUCGAAGACUUCACCGCCCUCUCGUGGAAGCAGGAGAAUCGGCGCCUGCAGGCAUCACGAGAGGAUGACGCCGAUAAAGAGAAACCCAUACCGACAGAGACCGAGCUGGGUAUUGCUCAUCAGGAGUACCAGAUUAACAAAAAAGAGUGUGCCGCGGCUAUGAACGCUGCGGUUCAUACGCUAGCCUGUGACGAUGGGACGGACUUGGCGCAGCGAACGCACUACUUGGCCAUCGCGCCGGGCGAAAACAAGACGCAGGCGGUGCGAUUUUCGGACACCCCUUAUAGGGACCACGAUGACGAGAGUUCGGUGUUCGACGCGGCCCGCAAGCUGAACGAGGUGACGGGCUUCAAGGGCCUGGGCCGAUACUUCAAGCAGAUCGCCCAGUCGGCGCGCUCUAGCCCCGCCGACACUGUCGACGACUUCCUCGGAUGCGUCAACGUCCCGCUGGAGGACAUCCCGUCCUCGGGCCUGGACCAAUGGUUUCCCCUGCAGGGUCGUUCUCAGCGGUCCACCAUCCAGGGCCAGAUCCGACUCAAGCUGUGCCUGGGCACCCGGGAGGACCGCGGCAUGGCCGCCUCCAUCGACGACAACUGGAAGGAAGUGGUCGAGCACCAGGAACUGCUCUGGAUAUUCAUCGAACACGAACUCGGGCAGCUCGAGUGCCCCAGCUACGAGUGGGCCGGAGACCUGCCGGCGCCGGCGCUGACCAUCCUCCAGCAGCACGCCAUACAGGGAGACCUCACGGAGUUGCAGCAGGCCAUUUGCCGAUGGGUGAUGUACUCUCGGAAGCACAUGGGCGUAUCCUUGGACUACGCGCUAUUGCUGCAGCUGCUGGACGACCUGGACCGCGCCUGGGAAGACUCGGAUCGGCCAUUAUCAAGGGACGAGGACCAAAGCAUGGGCAUACGUGAAAGGCUUGUCAUUCAGGCUGAGGUCAAGGAAGACACUAGCCCCAGGGUGUCGAAGAAAGAAGAGUCCUCGGCAAGCCAGUACGGACCGGAAGGCCAGCAAAGACGCUUGUUGCGUCAAGAAGAGGCCUGCCUCGCCGAGUCCUUCAACGUGUUCAUCGACUAUUGCCUCGAGCUGCUCCAGAAGCACCGGGACCUCUUCCCUUUGACGCACGUGGAAGCCGAACACAAGCUGGUUCACCUGCUCAAGUGCCUGGCACUCAUCUACCGGAUGAAAGCGUUCCAGUGGUGCUGUCCUUUUAGAAACCAGCUCAGCGUUGAGAUCACCAACACGCUGAAGAAAGGCUGUGCGGACUGGUUUCGGUGCACCCACGCCCUUCAUCAGCCCUUGGUUCUGACGGAGCAGACGGUACUGGCCAGUCUAACCGAACUGACCAACGCUCUCAACGCUGACCUGCACAAGGGCAUCAAGUACUACAACCCAGUGUUUGAGACGUAUGUGGGUGUCAACUACACAGGAGUUGUCUACAAGCAGCUGGAGAAAUUGACUGGCGCAGAGCUUCCAGCCAAGGUGCAGGAAGUGUGCGGACAGGUGAAUGCCAUUGACUCGGCGGCGCAAGAGCUGUCGCAGGAGCACAUCUCCAUGGGGGCUGCCCUGUUCGAGCUGUACAUGGCCCUGCAGGAGUUCGUGCGCUUCCGUGAACACAUCCCGCACGAGGACUGGCCGCAGUUGACCAUGCUGAACUUCCACCUGUGGUUCUCCGACUCGGUCCAAGGGUGGUUCGCGGUCGCCAAGGUCAAGGCCCGGCAAAGGAUACGCAAGGCCUUGGAACUAGACAGGAUCAAGUGCAUCGACUCUUACGUCCAGCACAGCACUUCAGCUGUUGAUACAACCACAUGCUUCAACCAAAUCAAGCAGUUUUGGAGGCAGCUAGCAUGGCCCGACCUUAAAGGAUCUUACCCUUUUGUCUUCAAAAUUCUCGAGGCUGUCUGCGACGGAGCCAUGUUCUAUGCCAACCUGUGCCACCAGAAGCUCCUCAAUGCUGGCUACUACGACGAAGAAGGCCAAUUCGAUGUCUCUGAAGAGGUGUGCAUCGUGAUCAACAACAUGGAGUACGUGCGGCGAGCGCUCAAACCACUCCACGCCGAGCUCGACCUGGAACCAAUCAUUGCGGCCAUCGAGCAGGCCGAGGGCGAUCGUGCUGCCGACAAGUGCCGCGCCGCGUUCCAGGCUUUGCUGCACAACGCUGACGAGGACGUCGUCCACAAGAUACUGACUAUAAUCGCGGGGCUCUCCGAGAAGAUGCGACCCGAGAUCAAGAAGUUUCUUUUCCACCUGGCAUGGGCACCAGAACGUCUAGAUGCUGACAGUGCACUGGGUCCAUUAAUAGACUACCUGGACAACAACCUACGGACGCUGUACGAGUCUCUGAUGAAGGUUAACUUCUAUCGAACCUUGGAAGCUGUCUGGAGGGUUGUAUUGCAGGAACUGAUGCUCACCGCCAGGAACAAUCUCGGGGAGCGCUUGGGGUUCUUCCAGCGGCUCUUCUCAUCUCUGGGCGUGCUCCUGGAGUUCUUCCACGCCGAGGACAAGGGCCUUUCCCUGAAGUCACUGCACAGCCUUCCAUACCAGGACCUGGACAGGCUUCUCAAGCUGCACAAGGCCGAUACCGCCGACCUCAUCGAGCUGUACUGCUUGCAGAGGCUCGAGGAGCAGAACCGGCAGAUCCAGUCAGGCGCUUCCCCUUACGGCUGGCUCACCGUACGGCUCAGCUACAACGCCGCGGCUGAGUGCCUCUGCGUGGACGUCAUGAACGCCCGGGAUCUGCAGCCGCUGGAUCCUAAUGGUUACAGCGACCCUUUCGUCAUUCUGGAGAUCCUGCCGCGUCACCUAUUCCCGGACUGCCCCCAGCAGAGGACCCGGGUUCAGAAGAAGACUCUCUACCCUCUCUUCGACGAGAGCUUUGAAUUCUCGGUGGGCCAGGAGCGGUGCCGCCAAGCGGUGGCCAUCCUAAGCUUCACGGUGAUGGACCACGACAUGAUGACGAGGAAUGACUUCGAAGGCGAAGCCUUCUACGCACUGGCCGCGGUGGCCGGUGUCGAGGAGACGCUGCCCAUCGCGCCAUCUCAACCUGUCGACUUGCCGCUGUUGCAGCCCAAGGAGAAAAACGAGAUUAUGGGUGCACUUGAGAGCCGGGCGUGGGACAAGGACGCCCUGGAAUUCGUGAGGCAGCAGAAGAAGAGGAAGUCCUGAGUGGGGCUCCAGCGACGCCACACGCUCGGCGCCCCCGCUCGCCAAACCAGCAGCCCUCGCCGCCGCACCAAGUGCCAUCAUCUCCUGUCUUGCCUCGCCCCGCCGCCUUUUACUGUGUCCGCUCACGUCUCGUCGGGCUGCGUGCCAUUCAUGCGACUGGGGUGACUUCGUCCUAACGACCGAACGUGGUGGGAUGAUCCGGAAGCCUGGACAAAUUAUUACCACAUAUUCAUACGUGUGAAGCGCUUCUAGGCCUAACGCUGGGCUUAGCGUUAGGCUCAGUGUUAGGCCUUCGCUAAGGCUUGAGUUAGACCAAGGAAGUUUAUAUCAAGCUUAAGUCUUCUUGCCUGUGCUGCUGCAUUGACGAUCGUCUGUUCUGGCUGUGUCUGGCUACCAAAUUGCUCGUCAUCCGGUGCGCCUGUCCGCCUGACAAAUGACAUGCACGAAAGUUACGCAGGUGGCGUUUGUGCUUGGGCCUAAAGUUUACAUGGUAUCUCAAGUACGUGAAAGUUACAAAUGCGUGGAUGGUAUUUGUCACUUAGCGAUGGGCUUGUCAGACAAGAAAGUGGCGGUUGAAUCAAAGGCUCCGUGCUUUAGCAAUGGCUUAGCCAUGCGCGCCGACUCACGGCCCUCUUUUAGGACGAUUGCAGUCUUUCCACGAAUGCUUUUCAGGUGGUGGUAAAUAUUUUGUGAGGGUAACCUUCUCCUGCCUUGAAGCUGCAUGUGGCAAUCGAGUAAAUUCUUUUGUCCUUUAAUGCAGUCGUUUACCUGCUACUUUGUAAAUAGAGUUAUUUAAGCUACUGGAACCAUGGUUUUAUGGCGAAGAUUUAACAACCCCUAGUUAAUUCUGCGAAAACUACGGAUUUAUCACGGCAGCAGGCAUCUUAUUCCAGGAGCUCAAAUAUUGCUCCAUUCUUUGAGAUUGAUCUUAUCCUGCUGCAGGAACAACCCGUUUGCUCUUUUAAUGAUUUCAUUUCUUUUAAUUUAGGAAAGUUUGUGGCACUGAUUCAUUAGAUAAGCUUGGCCACUAUGUGAUUUUUAUGUAGGUUUCACCAUACAAGGUGAAAAUUUGUGUGAUAGAAAUGGGAACUUUUAUCAUGGUUAACAUAUUUUUACAAUUUGACUGAAUAGUUAUGUGUGGUGCUGCAUUACAUUUUCUUGAGCUUUUUAGUUGCGAUACAAGUCUCGUUUCUGUGUUUAUUAAGUGUCUUCCUUCAAGUGCUCUGAUUCGUUUGGUCCGAUUUUUUCCGUAUACACGAAAAAAGAUGAGUUCUAGUCGUAGAAAAAUAUGCAGUGCGUGUGAAAAACUUGUGCUAUUUCGCUGUCUAAGGGCUGUUUAUCUACACAAGAGCAGCCAAGAGAAAUUAAAAACUUCUACAAGAUAGUUUUUGUGGCAUCAGGACUAACAAGUAGUUUGUUCUCAAAUGCGACAUAUCUGAGAAACGCCAAACUAUUGACCCGUUUGUUGGUGAUGUAGUAAGGGGCGUUUCUGCAAAGCACGGGGUCUUAAUGUAUAUUUAUUUGUUCUACACUCAGUCAAAAGAAAGUGUUAGUUGAAAUCAUCUACUUACUACCAAACAUAUCGUCCGCGAACAUAAAUUACAGUUUUCUUCAAGUCAGAAACAUUCUUGUACAUGUUAGUCAGGCCAAAAUGAAUCAGCUUGUAGCUUGCCGAACGGGCAUAUCUGCAGCGAGUCCAGAUGUAGCAGUGCAAGUUUCGCUUCUGUCAACAUUUUUCCACAAGCGACGGCAUGUGGGAGUAUCAAGGGCUGUGGGAUUUUCUGAUAGACGUUACCAAACAUGACACCCGUGGUUCGUGAGGUUGCCCAUUUGUGAGCUUGCAAUGAGAUUUGCCGUGAAAGUGCUAUGUGCUUAUCGAUGAACUCUUUAUUUAUGAAAACAAAACAGAAAGAAGCGUUGUUGGCGCUUUCUCGCAUUACUGUCCGACUCAAACUCAAUACCGUUUUCCAGAGUUUUUGAACACCCAAAAUGGGAUAUGUGUAUCAUAAAUCGGUAGAAGUAAAGUGAUUUCAUCGAGAAAUACGAUAAUUUGUCAAAACGGAGGUAAAUCUCUGACAAACAAGAACCACACAAUGGAGUUAUUUUGCUUGUUUAGUGUGCGGUUGUAAAUACAAGAGUUUAAACAUUCACUUGAUUUAAUAGAAUGUGUUCGUCUACGAAGUGCACAUUUUCUUACCGAAAAAAAAAGAAGGGAGAGGAAACGUCAGAUGUUACAAGAGGAUAACCUCGCGGGGUCAUUAAAGGGGCAGUUAGACAAUAAGGUUCAAGUUUGAAAUAUGCAUUGAAAGGUAAACCGUGCGCGUUCCACAGUAAACUAGCAAAGUUUGAGCGUAUUGAAUACGGCAGAAAGUGUGUACUUGAGAUAUUUUCUUUUCAUAUCGCAGUUGAACUGUACAGCAGUCUGGUCACAGAGAAGAGAUGAAGUGCGUUCUGUGCAGUCUAUGUGCUCGGUAUAUGCAUGGUUCCGUUUUUGGCAUGUGCGUAUUUGCGGUUAGCUUGAGAAGCACUCGCGUUUUGUUGGCAUCCACUCUCUCGGCAAGGCGCGCAAGUGGAUUGGGAAUGUUUCGGAGCAGACAAUACAGCAGUGGGCUCUCACGUCCUGACGCCACAUAACCAUGUCCAAUGGCAGUGGCUGUUUGUAGUAAGAGCUUAAAGGCAGUGGUUUGAAAUUGAAAUUUUGGGCUAAAGUGUUCUCUGAGUGCCCAGUUGUUUGUCUAACCAUAUUGGCCCGUAUUCAGUGAGGUCGUUAAAUUGAGAAUAAGUGUACGACCACGUCACGGCCCCUUUAAAUCGAAGUUCAGUGUUCGUUAUUGUGCACAUCAUCACAUGAAACACACACUGUGUCAAUGUGGCUUAUUUGUCGUGCACAUACAUGGAGUGCUUUGUGUUUGAUAGUAAGCGAGUUGAACUGCUAUUCUGCUCUCUCGUGGCUCACAGCGACUACUCACUCUAACCUUUGUUUGGAAUCGUGCAGUUAGUGUAGAGAAACACUGGCAUACAUUGAGCUUGCCGUUUAUUCGUUAACGGAAAAUCUAUAUUGCUCGUUCUAGGAUCCUACUCUAAGGCACUGGUAAAUAACUAUACUUGAAACAUCGGCGAAGUUUGUCCGUACACUUGUAAUCGUUAUAACAUAUCGCAGCGCCUUUGAAGAUCCGCUUGAGAGUUUCAUAGAAUAUAAGCGUUUUUGAUGCUACUUCUCAGCCAAGAAACAUGGUCCACUUUAUAACGUCAUAUAAACUAGAUAAACGGUUUAGUAAGAGCCCAUGUAGCUCAUUUAAACCCAUCUUUGAUGACAGCGUAUUCUACAGCGACAUAAUUCAGCCUUUAUGCUAGUGAUCAUUCUUCCUUAGACACUAGUUUAGAAAAAUGAUGAAACUAGAGGAUUUCCGAAAAUAGCUUCAGAACUCUGUAACUGCAUGAGCCCAAUUUACGCUCGCUACGUACAGAAUGGUUAACCCCUAGCAGGACACCAGUUCAGGCUUGAUAUUUACUUUGGUGACCUGUGUCAGAAGUUGACCUACUGCUUGGCCUUGUCACAAUGCAUGACUUGCCUACUUCCCGCAUUUGGCACGUCACACGGGGCUAUUUAUUGCUCUUCAUAGGCGCUGCGCCACUCGAUCGCUCCUGUACAUACCGAACUACGCAGUUCGUCCAGAAAAGCUGUUCACAAUGAGUCGUUGUCCAACUGAAAUGUACAGGGUUUUUUCUUUUCCUCUUGUACCAUGAUUGUAGGUGACAUUUAGCAGCGACAGAGAUUUUACUUAACAGCAGGCCAACUUGUAUUGCAUAGUUUUUGUUCACACUUUAAGUGGGCUUCAGGGGACACGAGCCAUAGGACAUAGUUUGAUGUGACGGUAUUCAUUAUCAACAAAUGUACUAGUAGCGGUGUCGUAGGUUGCGGUUCACAUCAACCUGAAGGUACUUGGGAUAGCUUGUUAGCAUAUUACCGAACACCUUGGUAAGUAUUCCUAAUCACCAAAAUAUGCCUGUGACCAUUUAGUUCUUUCUGUACUGCAGUCAAUGUACUUAUCGGAUAACAAACGUUCCUAGUGCGCUCUAGUGUACUCCAGUGCACCAGGAACAUUGGUACACUAGUGCACAAGGCCCUAGUGCACUCUUUGUAAUCCUGUGAGACCUGUUGCUGAAGUUGGGAGGCUCACUCGACAGGCUGGCAGUAUGACGUUGACGAAUGACACAGCUAAAUGGCUCUGAAUGGUUGUAAGAAUUGAACAAUACGAGAGGCUGCAUCAUUCUAAUCGUUCAUAUCUACCUACCGCCCCUUUUUGUUUGCACUGUCAUCACGUUACAUAAUCAAAAAUAUCUGUGGCAAAUUGAAUUUAUUUUAUGGCAAUAGAAGUUUUAAUGUCACUACUUUUUAUACGAUUGUGCUGGUUGUAAUUGUCGAUCAUUGUCAAGCCAUAUCGCGGGCAGGGUUAAGCAUAUCCAGUAACAAUAUUUUAAACCGAACGCAUACAUUUUAGAAACCGCACCUACUUUGUGGGGCGUUUCUCAACUAGACGUUAUAUCUGUGUGCUGGACCAGAAUUUUUACACAUUGACAUCUGGCUGACAUUUAGUUAAUGCCCAGAUUGUCUGAGGCAACAAAGGACUUCAUGUUUUUUCACAAUAUCUUUAAUGGAAGUUUGUAUUUGAGUGGGUACUAUUUCAAGCAUCGCUAUUGUAAAUUGAACUUCCCGCUUUCCUUAUCCAUCAUUGCAAACGAUAUGAUAAGCACUUCGAAGGAUAUCAAAGAACCUUGUGGGUAACACCAUGCCGGUGAUGUUUUUCCCAAAAAAAUCUUUACUUUUCUAGAAGUAUUCCAAACUAGAUGCGCAGAAAUAUAGAAGCCAGUUAAAAUUCAAACAUUUUGAUAGAUUUGAAAACAUUUUAUAUAAAGUAACAAGCCGUUUACAUUACCUGACGAACCAGGUCCCGAGAACAACUAUCAGGAGGAAACGCUCCUGUUCUGUACAUAACUAGCAGACAAGUGGCAUACAUAGCGAACACUAUACACUAAUUCAAAUGCAGCAUUUACCCACGAAACCCUUUACACUGAGAUGUUUCCCAACACGGAGAUAAAUUCGAAUAUAUUUAAUGCUGCGAUGACUUUUAUAUUGUUUCAAGCUACAAACAUUUCAUUAUUUCCAUAAUUUUUGUUUAAUAGAACACAGCGAGGAAGCAUUUUGUUUAGAGCUCCACAGGCAAUGAAAUCCAUUAUGACGGACUGCUCCUUAUCUGCUUUCAACAAAGAACAAGGGCUUGCGAAACUCCCCUGUGUGCUGUCAUAAGGGUAACGUUUUUUAAACAUGCAGCCCUGGUGGACAAUCUAAACUCACUCUCUCUUCUGGUGCCACUCCGCAACCAGUUCUUAUGUUUAUGGCACUCGGCGGGCGGUCAUGCGUGUUUAGAGUGGAGGGAUGCGGUCAGCCACACCGUUUGUUACCCUAGCGAAGCUCCCUCCCACACCACGCGAACCAAACGUUUGUGCGAGUAGAGCGUGUAGCCGUGUCUCUGUCAUCCGCGUUUGCACUUUGUACGCCGCGUCAUAGGUGAGUGAUUAAGUGUUCACACGUUGUACACAGACCCGUCCUCACGACAUCUUCAGCCAAACGCAUCGGCAUGUUCUUGGCGGCCUAGCGGUGCACUGCCGGCGUAGGUGGCAACCAGUUAAGCCUGAUGCUCGUGAACUCAAGGGGAAAAAAAGAAAUUACAUGACGUCACAGUUCGUAGAUCGGGCGUAAUGCACUGUUUGACCGAAUGCCUAUUCGAUAACCGUCGUCUUUUCAAGUAACGACUUAAUCAUUCGUUAAUAAAGCAGCGUACACCUCUCAUAUACCGCUUGCCCAAUAUACUGAUAAGGCGAUGGUGCAGAAAGAACUGCAAACCGCUCGAGUGGGGUGUGUUGAAUAAUUAACUUUAGGUUGCAAAAAAAAAAAAUCCGGAGCCCCGCACUACAGUGUGCCUCAUAAUUAGAUCGUGGUUUCGGCACCGAAAACCUCAGAAUUUAGUUCAAGCUGACCCGUAAUAUGAGAUCAUACACAGCAAUCUGUAUAAUCGUAUGGUGUUAUUGAAUAGAGAGAGCAUGGGCUUUUACAAUAGUGCCAGUGCACUAUAUUUCGCAUAGCGAGAGACAGAUAUAACUCUUCUGAUGGCAUAAAGUUUAUUGUUAUGUCAGAGUCAAGCAUUAAGCAUUUAAACAGGCACAUCUCGCAAUAAUUGCAAUAUAUACAGUAAGAUAAUAUCCAUCCGAGGCACAGCGACAACUCGCUUGUUGCCACUACGCCGGCAGCGCAGCUCUUCAAGUCCAAACGCGUGGAUUGAGGAAACUCGGCGUGUGAAAUGUUCAUCUGUGAAAAAGAACAGUGUUGCUCAGCGUUAUUUUCUUAUUUGUUCGCAGUAAUAUGUGCAGUCUAUUGGGUGACGUACGCGCGUGACGCUUUCCGAAACAUGUUUCCUCCAAGACGUGAUAUGUGAACCCUCUGCGUUGUGAGAUGUUGACGGCUGUCAGAGGGAUUAGCGUUCAUGGGAGUCAACGAGGGCCGGAGCUCCGAUCAGCGUAAGCCAGUUGCUGCAUUUAAUUCUGGGCCACAAAGGGCUUCUAUUCUGAAAGUUAAUGAGAUCAGUUAAAUUGAUACAAUGCUCUGGCUAGCAGUGAGUGUUUUAGUGAAAUUAACCAUCACUGAGCAUAAUAAAGGCAUGCACAGUAAUGAUGGUAUUUGGGCUGUGAGCGAUAGGCGAAAACACCGGGCGAAAUUAGACAGCCGAUAACGUUUAGAAGAACUAUUCAGAGAAGCAGGAAUUUGUACAUGAUGGGUUCUUACAUGACUAAAAGAUUGGAAACCUAUUUUAAUGACACAGAGAGAAAGGGGUGCUUUGCUGAUGAUAAAAGUGCCGUAAAAUUCCCUUGUCCGUGCAUAUCAAAGAUGCUUGGGUGCAGUUUCAGACAGAAUUCCGCAAGAUGAGAAAAAAUCAAUCGUCUCGCAAGAUGGCUGAGCAUGACUUACGCAUAAUUUUAUGCCUAUGAUUAUACUAAUUUGUGACGGGAUAAUAAGGGACAUGCAAUGGGGUGACCGAAACGCUCUAUUCGUGUCAGUCGGCGCUUGCCUUCUCCUUUCUCUCAUGAAAGUGUUAUUGAAACUUAAGGUGAGGGAAUGUUACGCUUGGCCAUAAGAAGGAGGCUUAUGGUCACGGUGUACCGUCAAUUAAACAAGCGAAAUUACAAUGCCGAGUUUCCAUUCACGAGUUUUGACCUGCAAUGUCAAUGACGCCUGUCUUGAGCUUGUAGCAUUCUCACUGAAAGUCCGACCAACGGUCAUCGGGACCAGUUAUCGGGCAUGAUAUGAUUGAAAAAAAGUGGCUCGUAAGCCGUAGGUUGAGUUUGGAACUUUUUCAGGUAAAUCUUACGAUGCAAUUCAAGUACUGAAUAGCGGUUUCUCGUGCACAAAUUUAAAAUAAUAAUAAUUGCGCUGAAGGCUUGUAUCAAGAACUCACAACAAACCCUGUGGACCGUUUCUUUAUAUCCAAUGGGCCCGCAAUUCGAGUCAUUUGAGCGCCAGAAUGAAUCGUAUCCAAACCAUAAAGAACCUGCUUUUUAAUGACCAACCACUUUUGGAUGCCUAUCCGGACUGAGCCAUUAUUUGUACCUUGCCUAGCGGCUUUGAUCGGAAAUUUGCCGUGAUUGCUGGGAGAGCCGUAUUGCAAUGCUUUGUCAUAAGCAAGCAUCAGUAAAGAUGUUAAUUAAUUAAUGAAUGAAUGUACUUUAUUUUCUCGUUCAAACGAGGGGAGACUGGGACUAAAGGCACAGAGGCCUGACAGAGGUCCCAGCCCCCACAGUUACAACAGCGGUGACAACAUAACCCAUUCGGUGAUAAAUAAUCCAUUCUAGGCAUUUAGACACGCGUCAUUACCAUUGCACAGAGGCCGCCCACAUGAAUUUUAGGGUUAGUGUGUCGUGUUUCACUGAGAUCGUCGUCAGAGCACUCAACUUGUACACAAACUGCACACCGCAGAGCACUGAGCUCCUGUGGCGUGUCGCCCGGUGAAGCUUGUAUCUGAGGGGGAAGGGUGUCCAGUAAGUAAUCGGUAGCUUUUAUUUAAUAGGGGUGGUGUGUCUAUUUCAUUAGAGCACUGUUUCAGGGAAAUCUCUGCAAAUCCCACAUUUUAAAGAGUUCAUCUUAAACAGUGUAAGAUUGCAUCCAUACAAACUACCUUCCCAGCAAAAGUUUUCUCAUGCGAGGCCUCACAUUGCAACCGUAUUCGCAAUGCUGGUAGUGUUGCAGAACGCGUUACCUAUGAAUAUUUAUUGGCGCUGAGCCUUAUGCUUAUACUUAAAGUUGUUAAGCUUUUGCUAUGACGUUGAAUUGGCUAUUUGUCUGCGAUGGUCAAGUGCAUACCUGUAUCUCUGUUUUACUGUUUACUUCUUGAUAAAGGUGGAGGACUUCAAUACUACUUAAAAAAGCCAUCUUGGUUCUCGUCUGUGGUCACAAAAAACGCCAUAAUACACGAUGAGACAAAAUGGUUUCACGUCUAGGAAGUCAGGCUAACUCCGUCCUUUGCCUUUUGCUUGUUGCUAUUGAACAGAAAAUUGGCUUCAAGCAUCCACGUCGAAACCACUUUUUUUAUUACCCAGAAGCUUGGAGAAUGAAAAAAAUUUAGAAUAUUGAACCACAAUGUUUGUUUUUAAAGAGUGGGCUGUUUCCUCCAAGAAAUGAUCUCAUAUAUUCACACCGGCGUAAUAAGAUUCAGCCUGGUCUAACGGAGUCUGCCUGGUAGCCUACAAAUUGUGUUAGAUGUGGCACACUGUUGACUACAAUGCAUUGGCCCGUAUUUAACUGACCUCUUUUCCACUUUCUGUCAAGAUGGUCUGUUUAAUGAUUUCAGCUGAUGGCGAGAAUAAGAUUUGCGGAGAAUUUCCUGAAUGUUUCCCAUCUAUGCACUCCCCUUUGGUACGACAAAAAAGAAAGAUUGUUUGUCACCACCCCCAUGCCUUUGGAAAGCUAGUACACUGGCUUUUCAUAUCAUCUGAAUGUAUGCUGCUGUGCUAGAGUUAGAUACGUUGAUCGCUGUGUAUCACAAGUUGUAUAAGUCAUGUGAAACAAAACAUCCGGUUUAAAUUUGUGGGGCGUUAAUCGUUCUUAUGUAGGCGUCUGGCUUUUUUGCAAAAUUUUAGUGGCCGAUUGAUUUUGUUACCAUGUAUUAUGGAUUCAUACUUCUAUAAAAAAACUUCUUACUUAGCUCCUAAUUGUCAUGAAACUUGAAAUGCUGCAGCACGUUUUAUUAUCGAGAUGUACCGAGAGCGGCUUAUGUGGUGAACUAUCUGAGGCCCAUGCAAUCACCAAGCUAGAUCACAUUGUUCAAACGUCCACUGUGCCAUCUGGGAACGAGCUCAUAACAUGACUGAACUUCGCCGACAGCGCCACAUAAAUGUGGCCCCUGUUGUCUGGGAGGUCUGUCACCGUGGUCUGUCAUGUUAAAAAGAACGAGGGGAAAUACUUUGUUAAUAUUUGUCUAUUUACGUGAGGUUUGUGGCGCUUAUAAUCUGUCGGACUUAAAAAACUAAAAAAAUAUGCGUCCUUCUGGCAUGUGAAAUGGUUUUAAAAACAGAAGUACAUUGUCUUCAUUUUUUUCAACCAGUGUAUUUUUAUGCAUUGCACAUUGUUCGCACUAAAAUUUAAGUUUGAGCCAUGAUGUAAUUUAUCAGGCACUUGCUUCGCACUGCGCCCACAGUUUCCUUGCGCUCAGAGAGAUGGCCAUCGGCUCAUAGAAUGGCCCUAACUUUGAACCAUUCAUAUUAAAAUGUUGUGAGGAAUUGUUGCCGUUUGACUGGUCUUCAAAGUAUUUGGCGUUGCGGAAACUAAAGUGAAGUUAGGGAGAGCAACCUGUAGAAGUAUGAGUUUAACUUCCUGUUCCACAGUCGCACGCCUUAGUGCGCUGAUUAUUACUGUUAUUCACGUUGUUACUGCUUAAGUUAUGCUGGCAUUGUUAUCGUUUCUCAUAUGAGGGAGGAAAUAUGAGCUUCCAGGCGGUACGCUGCAUGUCUUAAAUUCACCAGCUUCGUCGUCAAGUCGGAAAAAGUAAUUAAUUUUCGUUGACCUUAAUAAACACGUCAGCAGACUCGGGAAAAGCACAUUCGGUCAAAAGCGGCGCAGCGUUCUAACCUCAUUUUUUCUACAUAUUCUAUAAGCUAUUAAUGACCUAGUUUGUUUUACAAUACUGAAUCACCGGAAAGUUUGGACGACUCUGCGGCAGCAUGGCAGAGCAUGCUUCGGAAACAUUCUAGACUAACUGCUGCCGACACAUCACAUGAUGAACCACUAUUUUUCGCUUCCUAGUAGGCCUGCAUCUUAAAGUGUUAGUUCAAUGGCACUUGAUGUGGCAAUUAGGUAACGCCAAAGGUGGCCGGCAUCCUUUAAGUUGAACAAUCUUCUGAGUAAUAAAAUAGCGCCGUGUGUGCCAGGCAGAAGUGGUCUUGCAGCAUGAAGUGGACUUGACUUUUUUGUGGUUGGGAGGUUGUUAUUAUCAUGCUGAUUUCACAGGCGCUGACUCGAGAGACAAUGCAAGUUUGCGGUCUUGAAUUAGCGUUUGGGCACUGUUUAUAGGAUUAUUCUCUAUUGGGGUCUGUUGCUUCUACUAAUAGCACUGCUAUCUAUUCCAGCUACUUCAAACAUGGAAGUGACACUUCGGCAAAGUUUAUUAAACUGGUUGAACUUUGACCUAAUUUCAGUUUCAUCGUACGCAGUGUAGUUACAUAAAGCAAAGUCGUAAUCCCUCUUUUCUUGUUGUGAUAAAAAAUUAUGAUGCUGACCAUUGGGGAUUACUGAUAUAUAACAUGUCGAUAAAAGCAGCGCAAAUAAGGGUUCCUCUGAUGGCUCCUGAGUAUUUUUGGAGUAAUAAAGAUUUUUAAUGUUUUGAGAACAGAGUUACACUCGAGGAACUAACAAUAAGUACUGAUGACCAGCAAUUUUCAAUAGCUUUGUUUUAGUUUCUGAGAUUAGAGACUAAUAUUUUAUUACGGAAUGCCCAGUAAUGAAUAAAAAUAUGAAGAAACACACCGUCUAUCUAACUGAAUAUUCAUGUUGUGUAGUAGAGCCAUGUAGCAGGUUAAUUUUGCACAUUACUGCAUUGCGUCUGUCUUGGACUCUAAUGCGCGGAAUGCCAAAGCAAGAACAGCAAAAAAAAAAAGAACCUACUAAAAGAAUAGUUCGAGCUGCCUGUUUUGUGUGUUGGCAGCCUUGGGUGUAUCUUUCCUGCCUUUGUAGAGGGCACUAACACACUCCUGAAAUGACGACAAUGUAUUGUGAGAGAAAGGGAAUGCGCUGCUUUGUAAGCAUUUUCAUAUUGUUCUGGUAAAAAAGGAUGGAAGCUCUGACUGUUUUCUGACCUAUUAUGCCUAUUUACGUCGUCGCCUGCUGUUGGAGGUAUCACUCUUUAUUUAAUGUAAACAAGUAAAGCGUUUAUGCUAGGGCCAAUUUCCUUUCACAUUAUAAGUAAAAUUCACUGAUAGCAUUCACGUCCACACAUUAGCGCUUAGCUUAAAGGACUAUUUUGUCAAGUUGUCUUCUGAAAUAUCUGACGUACAAUUGUCAGCUCUAGAUUCAACCCUCAUUGUCGAAUUGCUGACGCUUUGGCCACUGUUACUGUGAGGUCUAACCUACAUGUGCUUUCUACGAAUUUCAUCCUAAUGAUUCUGUGUGGUGAUACUUAUACUUACCAUCGGCGCCGAGUCCUUGCUAUGGAUCUUACUGUAGGCCCACGAUCUUAUCAAAUCAGUCCGUAUUGUGUACUUUGCUUGCUGAUUGUUAUUUUGUUGUGAUUUAUUGUAUGGCUGGCAAUGAAAGGGUUGUGUGCAGAGGUGUUAUUUAUUUUGAUUGCUUGCUUCCUUGUUGUGAGUGUGCUGUUUUGCAUAGACUAUGACGUGUGAUGCCGUUCAGUGUUGGAAUUGAUGGCCACUAAUGUUGGUAAGGAGAUUCUGACUGCGUCCCACGAGAUUGUUUUAUGUUUGUGCUCUGGUGAGAGGGACACUGUUGAAUAUUACAGUCUUUAAUCCCCUGUUCGCUAUUAGAGAUUUCGUAGGAAUCAUGUGACACUUACAUCAUCAGCAUUAUCUUCUCUUCCUAACAGCUACUCAGCUUGGAGUAUAGUUAACACAUCUGUUACGAGCGCUCUGUGAGGAUAAGGCUUAUCUAUAGACACAGUUUAUUUCACUUUGAAGCACUUUGCUUAUGGUUUGCAUCAUUGAAAAAAUCUAUUUACGGCACAGCAGUCUCACUUAUUAGGAAUAUUGCUGCGUAGCCGUACACACUACAAUCAAUUUACUGAUAUUCAGCAGUGAACUGACAGUUAUUUUUGUCUGUGUACACUUAGCUCCAGCUUACAGAAUGCCCUAACAGGGCUUCUUGUCCAAAGAAGGCAUUGUGUUAAAGUGGUUAUUCUGAAUAAUUUGUCAGUCCUGAUGACGCCUUGCGCUUUAUGUUCUAUAAGUGCACAUCAAUUAUGUCUUGUACGAGUGUGAAUUUAGCGUACAUACCAUUAGCCGCAUUAGGCUUUUUAAUUAUUUGGUUGUAUCCGCUGAUGGUGACAUCAAAAUGUGGCAUCCUUUCCCAUGUAUCUGCAUCUGAUUUUUCAUCAGCAAUCAGUGGACGCUUUUCCUGAAAGAUCUUCAAUGUCCAUAAUAUCUGUACCCAAUUUUUUGGGGCAACCUGUUGAUUCUGUCUCAGCCGAGAUGAAAUUUGUGAGAGUUAAAUCACUGUUAUGAUGGUCACUUGGCGUACAAACGCAGGAACACUGGCUCUCGAAUUUGGGACAAAGCAUCAAGCACGUCUCAGGUUGUUUGCCAAGGCGUUUGACGAAAUUGCUAACAGGUUUCAGUCUUAGUCCAGUAUUGAUAACUGACGUGAUGUACAGGUAUUGUUAAGGCUUUGCGGCGACCCAUAUCUUCCCAGUGGUGUGUUGCAUCUCUAGAGCUAUCAAACCAAAUAAUUACAACAAUGGCUAUAAACACAUCAGCUUCUCACUCAAACACAGCACCAACACUUCAGUCAGAGUAUUUGAACAUGCGUGAGGCUGCAUAAAAAUGCAUCUUUUCGGAGAAUUUUCAAAUCUACAGCGCUUUUCAAGAAGGAUGUCGUCGGACCGUGCUCUGGGCUGUAGUGUAUAGAGAUUCCGUUAUUGCAAAAUAACAAAAUUUAUGAUAGACAAGGCGUCUCACCCUACUAACGUGUGAAUCGCCGAGCAUACUAGUGGAGAUAUGCAACAAUAACCUGGUAUAUUGCCACAUGCUGAUAGCCUUCGGACUUUUCAGAGAGACCUCUGGCUUUGAACCUUUUACAGACAGCUUUUUUGUUUAUUUCAGCCGGUAAUUGCAGUUUGUAGUUUCAGUGAUUGGUUUCCUACGUAUGCAUUAAGCUAUCGUUAAGUAGUAUUUAUGUUUAUAUUCUGCGAACAAAUAUGUUUACAGCAUAUUUCGCUGUAGGCACUUACCUGUGCCCGAUAUAACUGCCUGUUACGGCGACAAACUCACACAAUUUACCGAAUCACGACAACAAUGCAGUCAUUGACAGGCUACUGAUAGCACAACCUAUGAGUUUAUUAUCAGAAGCAAAAUACUCGUAUUUACCGUAUGCCGAAGCUGAGACCACUGGUGGCACAAUUGCCUCUCGAAUGAAGGCAAAGAGCACUAGCUUUUGCCGGCGUCGAAUGAUUUUAAUGAUGGCUUGCAUCGCUACAGACACAGAUUUUUGAUUCACAGGACUACCCAGUGAAAGGCCAAUGCUAUUUUUGAAAGUCCGACGCUUGGCAGUAAUUGACGUGCUACUUAUAGCCUAGUCUAUCAGUUUAAGAGCUCAAUCAAAACAUUAUAGGUCAGUCACACUUGAAGUUACUGAUUGCAUAAUGAAAAUGCUCAAUCAAAAAAUACAUAAAAUAAUGAAAACAGAUAAACACUUACUAUCAUAUAAGUUUUUCAUUGAAAAUAUACAGACAGCUCUGGUACUGACGACAGAACCACAACAUCAAACCUGAGGAAUGCUACUUCAUCGCUUUUUUGUUCAAUUUCUGAGCAAACACCGCCAUUACACCGGGAACAUUAAAAAAUUUACCCACUUUUUGGACUCUAAUGGUGUCCGCUGAUUGCUGCAUGAAGAUCCGAUGCUAUCGCCUCUCUAGGUCGGCAAUUAGCCGGCCAUGUGUUGUCAGCCCUGUGUCUUUUGCACUUGUAUAAACGCGACUGGUGUCCGUUUCGACGCUUUCCAAGCUAAGCUGUGGCCCACUUGUUGAUGUGCCGAGGGUAUUUUCUAUAUGACGAAUUUAUCUCCGUCUCCCUACAACCACCAAAGCACUUCACCUAUUUUACUACGACCCACUUUACGGUGCUGAAAAGUAGGAUGAAAGAAACCGUGACUGUCUGCCACACAAACACGUACAUACACACGACUGUCUCUGUAUAAACACUACACGGUGACUGUGGAAGUGAUUGCUUUAUUCGUGUUGCAUCAUAUCGUGAAUGCUUGUAUCUACACGCAUCAUAUUAUGAUAAAUAUAUAUACAUAUGAAUAUAUUACUAUUAUAUAUACACGAGGGCAUGGUCAACGAUCACCCCUUUACUGAGAAAGCUGUAAUAAAGGCACCUCUUUGAUUA